UGUCUUGUUUAACAUUUCAUCAUACGGCUGUCACACCAGAAAACUAUGUACUAUCCCUGCUGUAUCCAUCUGCAAUUAGUGGCAGUAGAAAGACUGAUUGUCAUGUUGAAACCAGGGUUAAUCUGAUUCAUGUCUGUAUCCACACCCUACUUCUUAUGUCAGGUGAUGUGGCACAAAAUCCGGGACCUAAAGACCCUUGUGGAAUGUGCAGUAAAUCAGUAAGAAACAAUCAGAAGGGUAUCUGCUGUGAUCUGUGUGAUAAGUGGUUUCACAUCAAAUGUAUAGACAUGGAUCAUCAAUCCUACUGUAACUUAGCCAACAGCCAUGAGUAUUGGUAUUGUAAUCAGUGUUUAUUGCCAUAUUUCAGUGAUUCAUUCUUUAAUUCAUCACAUGAUAGCACAAUGGACAGCUCUGGUGAGGACAAUGUGGAUGUUUGUCCCAGCAGUUGUCACAUGGUACCUCCCACUAAGGGAUUGACUAUGGGGCAUCUAAAUAUUUGUAGCCUGUACAAUAAGUUAGACCAGCUGAGGGUACUUAUGACUUCAAACAACAUUGAUGUGAUGACACUUAGUGAGACUCACCUAGAUGAUACCAUCUCUGACGCUGAGUUACAUAUAGCAGGGUACUACUUGUACAGACUUGACCGUAACAGGUCCGGAGGAGGUGUAGCAAUCUAUGUUUCGGAGGCUUUCACUCACUCGAGAAGAUCUGACCUACAACAACCAGGACUUGAAGCCCUGUUUUGUCAGAUUAAUUUACCCUGCACCAAACCUAUCAUUGCUGGUUCUGUAUAUAGGCCCCCCUCCGCUCCUGUGGAAUUCUACACUUUACUUGACAAUUCCCUGGAGACCUUGAGCCUGACUUCUCCUAAUUCGGAACUAUAUUUACUGGGAGAUUUUAACGUGGAUUUAACCCAACCUAGAAAACCUCCCUCCAAAGCCCUGACAAAUCUUACUGAAAAGUAUCAACUCCGGCAGUUGAUCAACGAACCGACAAGAGUGCAUCAGUACUCUUCCACCCUCAUUGAUCAUAUCUAUUGUAGUGAUAUGCAUUAUGUCAACACAUCAGGAGUGGUGCAGUGUACCAUCUCUGACCACUACGCUGUGUUUUGCACACGAAAGGCCGCUCGACGGCACUCAGGCGUAAAGUAUGUGUCGUCUCGCAAAUUUACAAAGUUUGAUGAACAAAACUAUCUGGCCGACCUUAGUGAGAUCGAUUGGAGUCCAUUGUACCAUGCUGAUAGUGUGGAUGAUGCUUGGACGUUCUUUAAAUCAUCAUUUACCACAGUUUCUGACCUACAUGCUCCCUUUAUAACUAAAAGAACAAGGGAUAAACAACCUGAAUGGCUCUCGCCUAAUAUCAGGAAACAGAUGCUAGUCAGAAAUGAUUUGAAAGCCAAGGCACGCAAAACUGGUUAA